AUGACGCAAGUAUGCGGUCGCAUAAAGCAUAUGCAGACCGCAUACCCAUCACAUACUGAAGCAGAUUGUUGGUUAACUGAAGAGAAAAACAUGCGACCCAUUAUGCGGUCGCAUAACGAUUAUUAUGACGAAGAAGAAACUCCUUUUGCGGAUAUAGAUGAGUACAUCGAGGACACCAAUGCCAUUGUCCCUCCGCGAGUUGACGCCGCUACCUUCAAGGUGGAACAUGGUUUGAUCCUAAUGCUUAAAGCAGAGGGAUGUUUUAGGAAUUCUACCGAUGAUGAUCCAACACAACAUCCUAGAAACUUCUUGGGUGUGUGUGCGAUGCACAAACAGAACAACGUGUCAGAUGAUGCCCUAAGACUGAGGGUAUUCAAGUACUCACUAGUUGGAGAGGCAAGGAAAUGGAUCCAAAAUCUACCACCUCACUCCAUUCACUCUUGGCCUGAACUAGUUCGUGCUUUCUUAGGCAAAUGGUUCCCACAAAGCAAGAAAUCUGAGCUCAGGGAUAAAAUUUUCUUUUUCAAGCAACUACCGGGAGAACACCUACAUGAGGCAUGGGAUCAGUUCAAGCUAUACCUAGUGAGGUCGCCUAAUCAUGGUUUUCCAGAAAAAAUCUUGUUAGAAAAGUUUUACAUGGGUUUGGAUCCGUUGAACCAAUCCAUAGCAAAUAAUACUGCGGAUGGAUCUUUUAUGGAUAAAACAUUCACAAGGAUCACACAAAUUCUCGACAGGAUGGCAGAACACAAUCAAGCUUGGUACUCGGAAGAUACCACAGGUGGAAUUGCAUACGGUACUCCCUCUUUGACCAACAUGAUUAAGGAGAAUCAAGAGAGAGAUCAAGUAAUUGCCGGUCCUGCCACAAACAUUAAUGUGUUAACCAAGAUGUUCACUGAAAACCAAACUAAAAAGGUAAAUGUUGUGGAAGAUGUGCAACCCUGGUCAACCGAAGAUUGCGAGGAGGCGAACUACGUCCAUAAUUCUCAAGGUGGUUAUCGCCAACAAAAUCAAUGGAGGCCUAACUUGCAAGGGCAAGGCCAUCAACAGUGGCGCAAUGAUCAAGGUGGAUCAAGUCAAGGUAAUUGGAGCAAUAACAACAACAACUAUGCAAACCGGAGUUCAAACCCCUAUGUUCCACCAAAGGGGCAAUACUCUAACUCCUCACAUUAUAAGGAAGGUUCUUCAAGUGAGUCCAAGUUGGAGAGCAUGAUUGAAAGAAUAUUGCAAAAUCAAGAAAGUAGCGACACUACAAUGAAAACCAUGUCCGGACUUGUGCGGUCAUACACCGCAUCCAUACUAAAGCUAGAAAUGCAAAUGAGAGAUAUGUCAAGAGAGCAUAAUCCAAAGCCGAAGGGCACACUCCCAAGUGACACAAUUGCAAACCCUAAAGGAAAUGGGAGUGGUCCAACUUCUCAUUGCAUGGCAAUCACCACGCGAAGCGGGAAGGUACUUCAAGGAGAAAAUGAACAAAUUGUUGGAGUAGAUGAUCUUGAGCAAGAGGUUGAAGCACAAGUUGAAGUGCUGAUUGUUGUUGAAGUUGAAAAGCUCCCAAAAGGAGUAAAAGUCCAAGAAGAAAAUCAUGAAAAGGUAAAGAGGAAAGAGGCACCAAAAGCUCUAGCACCAAUUCCUAGACCUUCCCCUUCGUUCCCUCAAAGACUUGCUAGGAGGGUUGAUGAUAGCAAAUUCGAGAAAUUUUAUGACAUUCUCAAGCAAUUGUCGGUGAACAUAUCAUUUGUGGAAGCCUUUCAAGAGAUGUCGGGUUUUGCUAAAUACUUAAAGGAGUUGAUAACAAAGAAAAGAACCACCAAGAAUGAAGUAGUGAAUGUUACUCACCGGGUUAGCUCUAUUAUUGCAACAAGCACCGUUGAAAAAAAAGAAGACCCGGGAGCAUUCAACAUUCCAUGCACUAUUGGCUUGCUAGAUUUUGCAAGGGCUCUUUGUGACAACGUGGCUAGCAUUAACUUGAUGCCUCUUGCCAUUUACAAGCAAGCGGGGUUAAGAAUGCCGAUACCUACAAGCAUGAGAUUGUAA